GAGGCGCCGAGGCCAAUGGCGAACCGCGACGGGCGGCGGGGCGGGGAGGACGGCGGCCGCACGCCCAACCCGCGGCUCGGGAGGUGGCUGGGGAGUGAAUUUUCUGGAAGGCGACUUUAAAGGCGCCGGGCCGGAGUGACGGGUGUCUGGGUGCCGCCGCCCGGACCGGGGAGGGGCGCAUUAGUGGCAGGAAGCGAGGUGCGCCGAGGUCGUCGCGGAACCAGCUGGUGACCCCGCAGGAUGAACCACAAGAGCAAGAAGCGCAUCCGCGAGGCCAAGCGCAGUGCGCGGCCGGAGCUCAAGGACUCGCUGGACUGGACGCGGCACAACUACUACGAGAGCUUCUCGCUGAGCCCGGCGGCCGUGGCGGAUAACGUGGAAAGGGCAGACGCUUUACAGCUGUCGGUGGAAGAAUUUGUUGAGCGAUACGAAAGACCUUACAAGCCGGUGGUUCUGCUGAAUGCCCAGGAGGGCUGGUCUGCGCAGGAGAAAUGGACUCUGGAGCGCCUGAAAAGGAAAUACCGGAACCAAAAGUUCAAGUGUGGCGAGGAUAAUGAUGGCUACUCCGUGAAGAUGAAGAUGAAGUACUACAUUGAGUACAUGGAGAGCACCCGGGAUGACAGCCCUCUUUACAUCUUUGACAGCAGCUAUGGUGAACACCCCAAAAGAAGAAAACUUUUGGAAGACUAUAAGGUGCCCAAGUUUUUCACUGAUGACCUUUUCCAGUACGCAGGGGAGAAGCGCAGGCCGCCUUACAGGUGGUUUGUGAUGGGGCCACCACGUUCUGGAACUGGGAUUCACAUUGACCCUCUGGGAACUAGUGCCUGGAAUGCCUUGGUUCAGGGCCACAAGCGCUGGUGUCUGUUCCCAACGAGUACUCCCCGAGAACUCAUCAAGGUGACCCGAGAAGAAGGAGGGAACCAGCAAGAUGAAGCAAUUACUUGGUUUAAUGUUAUUUAUCCCCGAACACAGCUUUCAACCUGGCCCCCUGAAUUCAAACCUCUGGAAAUCUUACAAAAACCAGGAGAGACUGUCUUUGUACCAGGAGGCUGGUGGCAUGUUGUCCUCAAUCUUGACACCACCAUUGCUAUCACUCAGAAUUUUGCCAGCAGCACCAACUUCCCUGUUGUGUGGCACAAGACGGUAAGAGGGAGGCCAAAGUUAUCAAGGAAAUGGUAUAGGAUCUUGAAGCAGGAGCACCCUGAGCUGGCAGUCCUGGCAGAUGCGGUUGACCUCCAGGAGUCCACAGGCAUCGCCUCUGACAGCUCCAGCGACUCUUCUAGCUCCUCUAGCUCCAGCUCCUCUGACUCGGACUCAGAGUGUGAGUCUGGGUCUGAAGGCGAUGGGACCAUGCACCGCAGGAAGAAGAGGAGGACGUGCAGCAUGGUGGGAAAUGGGGACACCACCUCGCAGGACGACUGCGUGAGCAAAGAGCGCAGCUCUUCCAGGAUUAGGGACACUUGUGGAGGCCGGGCUCAUCCCUGAGCAGAUAAAGAGACGCUCCUUGAGGUGGCUCCCGUGUGUGCUGCUGGCUGCCACCCAGCUCAGUUCUCACAUCUGCUCCUACCUUCUCCUUUGUCUUCUUUGAAUUUGGACCUUCCUUCUCUGGUCUGAGCUCCUAUCUUCAGCCGAAUGCUGGUUUUACUGCUUCCCAAGACUAGAUUGUCAAGAAGUUUGAAAGCUCUGCCAGCUCAGUGAGACACUGGCGCUGCUGUGCUGUUGGCAAGAAGUCCUGAGUUGUCUUGAUCAGAACCACACGGUCACCACAAGGCCAGAGGGGUGUGACUCACUCUGUCUUACUGUGUCUGUCACCUCACUGCUGUUGGUAAGGAACAGCCAACUGCACAAGCAGACACUGAGCGCGGCGAGUGGACAUUGAUCUGUGUGUGCAUCUGUUGAGUGAGCUUGCGCUGCCUUCCUGGAUGUCACCACUGGUCCAGAGGCCUCCAGGGGCAGCCACCAGCCGCCUGCCCAGCACUACCGCUGCCCACUGCUCAGUCGUGCCGUGGGAUUCCUCACUUUUCUCCACAGAGAGGCUGUGACAUUUCAGGGGUUUUUGUAUGGUGUAUUUGGGGGGAGGGGGAACACAUUGGUGUCUUUUGUUUGUACAGAGUGGGAAAAGUGUUAAUUGUGCUUUUGCCUCAGAACUUGAAUUAUAAACAGGCCGGGUUCUAACGGAUGGGUUCCAUUCUUCCCCCAGUGUGAUCCGUGAGCUAGGAGCUCACUCUGUAAGGGACUUCACGUCCCUUACAUCCCCUUCAUUUGACCGGCAGACAUCAAGCGGGCAACUUGUGUUACAUUCAGGAAAGAAAUUUGGAAAUGGUGCUUCUAGUCUUUGGGAUCUGUGGAUACUUCUGAAUAGCUCUGGUGGAGUAUUUGGGAUCGACCAGCAGGUUCCCUCUCUUACCCUCUAGAUUCACCUGCUUGCCUUAAUCUGUCCCUGAAGUCAAGUGAAUUUAAAUCAGAAUAGCAGGGGUUUUCAAGGCCUUACCCGGCUACAGUCGGGGGCAGCACACUGCCUUGCUGGAGUAUGGCUAGAGGCGCCCACGACAGAUAUGUGGGAACGGUGUGGUGCUGCCUCUCAGGAUCCCCCAAACAGGAAUGACCAGAGGACCCAGACAGUAUGUUCUUAGCAGGUGGACUGUCAUUCCUGCCUCUGUGUCCUGUGGCUUUACCCUAGGAGGCUGGUCCUCUGCUUUCUCCUAGUACCAGGAUUCUGCAUCUUGAAAUGCCAACCCAAGUUCAUCCUGGGUUGGUGGGACAACCUCUCCCUUCGCCGGAGGUAACGCCGUGACUGCAGGUGCCUCCUUGCUUCCCCUCCAGCUGCCGUUCCCACUGCUCCCGCGUGGGCAGGGUUGGCCCUGCAUGGGUGAUCCCUCUGCAGUAAUAUCUGAAUGGUGUCCUCCUCCCUUUUUUUAAAGUCUUUUCUUGUCAUCUUUUUUUUUUUUUUUUUCUUGUCAUUUUUCAAAAGCUUUUUCUUUUCCCCAGCGUUGCUACUGGGCUUUCUGCUCACCCUGUACCAAAUACUCCCCUCUAAACUUCAGUUUAAAACAAAAAACACCCAGAGGGGGCCCUUUGCCACUGGGGGCAUGGAGGGACAUGUUGUCAGUGGCCUGGGAGAUGACGCAGGAAUUGGAAAGGGAAAGAUUAUCUACCCACUUAGUUGCCUGGAUACUAAAGGCGACUCCUGGUUGCUAAACAUCACCGGGAAUGAAGGACCUAGUCACAGUCACCUCUGUGUUGCUGUUCGAUUCCUGCCAGCCCAUAAAUAGCUGCAGAGUAUGUUUGAUUUGUCUGUCCAGGGACUCAACAUCCUCUUCCCCCCACUUAGUGUCCAUGGGGGCCAGCCAGGCACUCCUUUAAGGAAGCACAGCUGGUGGGAGAACCAUGUGGAGUGGUGACCAGGACUAGUGACCACUGAUGGGGAGGAGCCGGGUGGGAGUAGCUUGAGUGGGGGCCCAGGACACCCUGAGGGCCCUGGGUCUUCAGAGUGGGAGAAUCCAGUACUGCACAGGUCCCCGGAGUGGUCCUGAAGGGAGAGCCGCGAAGCAGGAGCGCUGCCCACUUCUUCAGUAAUUCAAGUGCUCAGCCAAAGACCUAGUGCUGGGACAAGCCCAGGCCCCUGACCUUAGUGGGCAGUGACUGUGGGUUCACAGGGUGGCUGGUCAGGGCAGGGAGACCGAGCGGGGGUCUCAUUCACACAACCAGAAAAGCAAGCAUCGGCCUUCACGAGGGUCCUGGAUUAGUGCGAUGCCAGAACUGAAGUCGGCCAGCAGCUUCUCCGUGGAGCAGCGAAAGGUUCUUAAACAAAGGGUCAGUGGGAGAAGGUGCGGUCCAAGUGCUUUACAAACAGACCCAGCCUUGAACCAAGGACUUUGGACCAGAGUGUGGGAUGGAACAGGACCUUGCACUGUGGGGAAAAGCAAUGUGUAGGAAGUGACUCGUGUGGUGUGGCUGUGGGUUCUUCAGGCCGUGUGCAGCAUUCCCAGAGGUGGUGUUGAUGUGUGACGUCUGACCCCUCCCACCCGCCCCUCCCUGUCUUCAGUCAAGAUGUUACGUUGAUGUUAUAUUAUUUUCAACAAAACUAGAUGGAAUGGGCCCCUAGGUGGUGGCUCUCAACUUUGUCUCCUUGUUAGUUCAAAUCCUUGAAUCCUAAUCCCUACAAAUCUCCCUGGUGGAGAACCAGCCCUGGCCUGCUGGUGACAGGACACCACAGAAGAACUGGGCUGCUUCCUGAGCCCUGGGUUUCAGAACACUGAGCUACCCUGGUUCUGCAUCCCUCUCACUGUGGGGCCGCCAUGAAAUGCCUGUGGGUCUGCCAUUAGAUUGGUAUUUUUAACUUUCACUUGGAUGAAAUUUGUUCCUCAUUUUAAAUAAAGCAACUGAAUUUGGA